AUGGCCACUUCAAUCCCCCACUCAAUGCGAGAGAAGCUUCUCCGCAAUGAAGUCGCCUACACCAUGAGCGUCAAGCUUGUCAAGUCUGUUGAGAUCGCAGGCAUGGCCAAGACGGCUGGAUACGACGGUAUACUGAUUGACAUGGAGCAUUCCUCCUUCGACCUUGAGACGACCAGCCAGCUCUGCAUUGCCGGGCUGUACGCCGGCAUCUCCCCCAUCGUGCGAGCGCCGAGCAAGGAUCCCUUCUUCGUGUCGAGGAUCCUGGACGGCGGCGCCCUGGGGGUCAUUGUGCCACAUAUCCGCUCCGUGCAGGACGCCAAGGACGUGGUUGACGCUGCCAAGUUCCAGCCUCUGGGUCACAGAUCCUCGACGAAUGGGCUCCCUCACCAUCAGUUCCGCUCCAUCCCCGCCAAAGUCUCCAACCCCGUCACAAACGCCGCGACUCUUGUAAUUCCCAUGAUCGAGACUCUGGAAGCACUUGAGCUCGUGGACGAGAUCGCCGCUCUCGAGGGCGUGGACUCUCUGCUAAUCGGAACCAACGAUUUGACGGCAGAGAUGGGCAUCCCGGGAGACUAUGAGAACCCCCGCGUCACAGAGGCUUAUGAGCGGACCAUUGCGGCCUGCAACAAGCAUGGCAAGUGGGUUGGAGUUGGUGGUCUCCAUGCUCGUCUUGACCUUGUCGAGAAGUUCUGCAAGAUGGGAGCUCGAUGGGUCAUGGCGGCGACUGAUGCCCCCCUACUGCUGGGUGCUGCCUCCAAGAGAGGGUCAGAAAUGGCUGCUCUAAAUGUGUCUAUUGCUAAGGCGGUUUCGAAUGGCGCAAUCAAUGGAAAGGCCAACGGUACAGCCAAUGGUUCAAGUAACGGCUUGACAAGUGGUUUCACGAAUGGUUCUGCUGCUUCAGUCACGAACGGGGUGGCGACAAACUGA